AUGCCAAUGGUCAGAGGAAGCAGAGCCAAAGCUAUCGCCACAGGCAAUGCUUCCAAUGCCAGUCCACAGAGCACCGUGUUGCGACUGUCCCAGAGAGACAAAACAAGAACAAGUGAUAAGACACAACAGCAAACAGUCACAAUCAGCAACAUCACUACUAUUCAAUCAAAUCAAUCAACAAAUAAUAAUAAUACAGCAACAGAUGCAACAAUAAAGAAACAUGAACAGAUAGAAGAGGUUGAGACCUCUACAGAGAUUGAGAUCUCUAACACAGACACAGAUUCAGCACAGAGUGAGAAGGUUGAGACCUCUCCAACUCAAACACAGCAGACCAAUGAGUACAUGGACAAGGUUGAGACCAAGUCACCAAACAAUCAAUCAUUAGAUAAUGAUACAAAGGUUAGAGAGCCGACUGUCAAGGUUGAUACCAAGACAAACAUUAACAAAGAGUUGACACUCGAUGUUAUUCAAAUCAAGAUAGAUAAGAGAGUUGCCUCAGCAAUCGUCGAUACAGGGGCCAACUACUGUCUCAUUGAUCCAUCAAUUAUUGCAGACAUGAAGAUCGAUAUCAGCAACAAAGAGACAUUCAAUAUACAGUCACCAGUGUUUGAGAACACUUCAACAACAAGUAAUCAGUCAGUCAACUUAGAGAUAGAUAUCAACAAUCACAAGUUCACAAUGUUGUUCGUUGUCACACCUAUCAGAGCGAUAUAUAAGGUGAUCAUUGAACCAAUACGUGGACGACCUAAUCCAACAGUAAUGCCCGUGUCGUUCGCGAACUCGAACGAACCACAUUGA